AUGUGGAGAUUUGUCAUUGCAGCAUUAAUGAUCCAGGCACUGGGAACAGAAUGUAUUUCCCGUUUUCUCAAGAGACCUGUGAAUCCUGAAGUUCUUUUAAGUGCUAGUCAGAUCAUUCGCUACUGGAAAUACUCACUUGAAGAGCAUGAAGUUGUAACUGCUGAUUCAUAUAUCCUUACUCUUCAUAGAAUUCCUUAUGGAAGAGCAGACAAUAAAGGACCAGGUCAGAGACCUGUUAUACUUUUGCAGCAUGGUUUGCUGUCAUCAGCUGUCAGCUGGAUCAGUAACCUUCCCAAUAAUAGCCUGGCCUUCAUCCUGGCAGAUGCAGGUUUUGAUGUGUGGAUGGGAAACAGCCGGGGGAAUACCUAUUCCCUGAAACAUGCCACCUUGUCAAGAUAUUCCAAAGAGUAUUGGGCAUUCAGUUUUGAUGAAAUGGCUAUAUAUGAUCUUCCAGCCUCAAUUGACUACAUUGUGAAAAAAACUGGGCAGAAGAUACAUUAUGUGGGCCAUUCUCAAGGCACACUCAUUGGUUUCCUGGCAUUCUCUACCUUACCUGAACUGGUCCAGAAAGUCAAAGCUUUUUAUGCCUUAGCUCCAGUGUUUUCCAUUCAGUACCUCAGAGCUGUUUUAAUUCGCAUUUAUCUUUUACUAGGUAACAAGGACUUCCUGCCUGAAACUGUCAUCAACAAGGUUCUGGCCACUACAGUAUGCAACAAUAAGAUAAUUGGUACCAUCUGUGGCAAAAUCUUCUUCAGUUUGUUUGGAUUUGAACCAAAAAACUUAAACACGAGUCGAAUUGAUGUCUAUGUGUCACAUGGCCUCCAGGGAACAUCUAGCCAGAACUUUCUCCAUUAUGCCCAGACUUUUCAUGACAUUCGAAAUGUUACACGAGCUUAUGACUAUGGGACUCGAAAAGAGAAUCUGGCUCAUUAUAAUCAGUCUACUCCUCCAAGGUACACUCUGUCAUCUAUGAGAGUGCCAACUGCACUGUGGAGUGGUAAACAAGAUUUGGUGGCUGACCCAGAAGACGUCUCCAUCUUAGUCCCACAAAUCCCCAACCUGAUUUACCACAAGACUCUGCAUACAUACACUCAUUUGGAUUUUAUUUUUGGUCUUAAUGCACCUCAAGAUGUUUAUAAUGAAAUCAUUGAGAUGAUAAAGAAAACACCAUAA